AUUUUAUUUAUACGAUAUAUAGUAUAGGUUAAUUUGGCAGAAUAUUUGUGAAUUCAACCAUAUAACCGGCAAGAUGAUGCAGUUUGAAAACCCAAUUGGGCCUCCGCAAAAUAUGCAACAGACUUCUGGAAAUCCAGAAUCACAAGUCGGAUUCAACCAGUUCCAACAACAGCACACACCGUUCUAUAUUGACAACAUUUUGGGUCCAUCUCCACCAGCAAAUAAUUCAAACGGCAGCUCAAGCAUCCUGAGUCGAAGUACGGAAGAAGACACAAACGUUGCUGUUCAAAAUAACAAUUUGGACCAUAAUACAAAUGCCAAUGCCAUAACACCUGGUCCACAAUCUAUAAGUCCUUCCAUAUCUUUAUCGGCGCCAAUGACAUAUCAUGUAGAGGACGGAACAAGUCAACCCGGUUUAAUGAACAAUAUCAGACCAGUGACUUCAGCAAUUACAUAUUCAACGCCACCAAGGUCGAUGAACCAUCAAAACUCUCCUGGACUUGUAGUUCCAACUCCAAUACAAGCUGUACCCGGACAUCCUCCGCCAAUGUUGGGGUACCCACAAGCAAAUCCAAAUUAUGGCCGGCCAGGUGCAAUGUACGAACCUCAAAGAAUUCCAGGUGAUUUUAAUUCUCCACAUAUACCGUAUCACCCAGCAGGAUCAUAUGGCCCAGGUCCCGGAAUCUACCCAUACCCGCAUCAUGACUACGCAACGCAGGCUUGGUUGUUGGAGAGACAUGCAUAUACAAAAUUGGGAAGACCAAUGAUAUGGGGACCUUUUAUGCAUCGCAAUAUGCAUAAAAGAAAAGGAGGACAAGUCAGAUUUUCGAACGAACAGACAUCAGAUCUCGAGAAGAAAUUUGAAGAACAGAAAUAUUUAUCACCCCCUGAACGAAAGAAGCUCGCAAAGUCUUUGCAACUAACGGAAAGACAGGUGAAAACAUGGUUCCAGAAUCGAAGAGCAAAAUGGCGAAGAUUGAAACAAGAUGGAGGAUCUGGGAGCCAAGGAGAUAAACGAUCUGAUGAUUGCAACUCUGGUAACCAAGUUACAGAUGAGGAAUCGGGAGACGAUUUAUCAUCCAGUGAACAAAACCAAUCGUCUACCAAGGAUCAGACAACUGGUCGUGACCGCUCACCACCCAUUAAAGUCGUUGAUAUAAAAGACUCCUCACCUCGCGAUGGUGCCACUCCGUCUUCAAAUGGUGAAACGAAGCUUGCCACAAACCACUAUCCACCAUUUGACCAAUCUCUAAUGUUACAGAGAGAACCAGGCAUGAACCAGCAACACCAAUCAUCAAUAAUUGGUAAUCACCAAAUACUGCCACGCCCACAGAAUUCAUAUCUACCAACCGCGGAUUACAAUCAUAACAACGGAAACCAAGCGCAAACUGGUUACUCGCAACCAAGUUCUCUCACAAUGCCAAGAUUUCACCACAUGCAGAAUGCUCAAACAUCUUAUUACCAAUCUGCUAUUGGUAGCUCUGAAUACCAAAACGGCCACGUCGAUUUUUCGUCACCUUCACUUCCUAUUACCAACCAUGCCAUAGGUCAUUAUUCACAACAAGUAUCAGUUAAUCCCACAAGUGCUGCAUCACAUUUAAUGCCAGGAUUUGACCAAAACUGUACACUUCCUUAAUAAGGCAUAUUUUGCAAUAUAUACACUAUUACCAAAGAAAACUCGGACGUGAUAACAUACGCCAAGCCCAGUAUAAUUCGCCAGCCAGAAUUUUUGGUGCUUUAUAUAGAAAUAGAUUCCUAUCGAUAUAUAUGUUGAGUAUUUAGCGAUUGUUCUGUGUUACUCGUACCUGGUCCAGAAUCAAUUUAUUCAUUGCGCCCUGACAACGUAGUUUAUUUAACCUAAGUACAAUCGCUAUAAAUCUAUUUGUCAAUUGUUUCUGAACAUCCAAAUAUAUUCGCCAUCUUUACCUUGGAGGUUGUAAAAUUUGUCUUAAAAUAGAAAUUUAUUACCUGCAUGCUUGAUAACAAUCCAUAUUUAUAUACAAUCAUACUUUCACCUUUUAUCAUCUCCAUAAGCAUUUUAGGUCGUGCUACUUCAAGAUUUUCAUUCAAAGAUAGCGAAUAUGAACCAAAUAUGAUGUUCUUAUCCACCCUUGAAAUAUGACAUAUUGUAUAUAAACCAGCCUUUUCAUUUUUCUUCCAUUUUUAGUUUUUUUUUUGUUGUUGUUUUGACUUUGAACUACUUUUGUGCAUUUUAUCUACUGUAUCAACCAUAAAUGGUGCCUUUAGCGAACUAUACUUUUACGAUGGAUCAUGUCCACACAAUCUCACGAAACGUCAAUAUUACGCGUUAAAUUAAAAAAAAUGUGACUUGGAUAAUAGCAAAAUAACACCAGGGUUUCGUUUUUGAGCCGCAGUAUUGCACUAACUUUCUCUAGUGAAUACAAUAAUUUACCAGGUUAAUUGAAAAACUGGUAUUCUGUCAGAAAGAACGCGUUUCGGCUUCUAAUUUAAAAAAAAUUCUACGCUCGGAAAAUGUUCGUUCACGAUGUCUGUGUAAUAAUCAUCUGGUGCCUUGUUCGUUUAUCAAUCACUUCAUUUUGCAAUAUUUUAAUUCAACGUAAUAACGUACUAUUACAAUUUUCUUUGAACAA